AUGGCAUUUGCAGGAACAACACAGAAAUGCAUGGCUUGUGAGAAGACAGUUUAUCUUGUGGACAAGUUAACAGCUGAUAACAGAGUCUACCACAAGGCUUGCUUCAGAUGCCACCAUUGCAAGGGCACCCUCAAGCUGGCGAAUUACAACUCCUUCGAAGGGGUACUCUAUUGCAGGCCACACUUUGAUCAGCUGUUCAAAAGGACUGGAAGUUUGGACAAAAGCUUUGAAGGAACCCCUAAGAUUGCAAAACCAGAGAAACCUGCUGACAUUGAGAAACCUGUGGCGAAUAAAGUUUCGAGUAUGUUUGCCGGGACAAGGGAGAAAUGCCUGGCCUGCAAGAACACGGUGUACCCAACCGAAAAGGUGUCUGUGAAUGGUACUCCGUACCACAAGAGCUGCUUCAAGUGCAGCCAUGGUGGGUGCGUGAUAAGCCCGUCCAACUACAUAGCUCAUGAGGGCCGGCUUUACUGCAAACACCACCAUAUUCAGCUCAUCAAGGAGAAAGGCAAUUUGAGCCAGCUUGAGGGUGACCAUCAUCAUAAGGACUCUGCAACAACACCAUCUGCAUAA